AUGCUGCGCUCGAUAACGUCGAGGUCAGCCGCAGGCCGUCUCGGUCUUGCAGCGUCUCGAUCUACACAGCAGCUCGCGUCUUCCUCAGCAACCCGCCGCUCUUUCACCAACCUUUCAACAUCAAGAACACAGCCGGCAACCUCAUCCAUCUUGACUUCUUCCAAGCUCGUUUCUCAUCGACACGCGCUCAGUCCAUACGUCCGUCACUAUGCCACACCAGCCGAGGAUAGCGACAAGAAGAACAAGAACUCCGCCAAGGAACAAGACGAGGAUGACAAGAAGAAGAAGGACUUUGACGAGUCGGUAGAACGUGGCCUCAAGGAGGCUCGACAGGGCAAGGCUGCCGGUGGCCUCCCCGAGAGUCUCAAGCAGUUCUUCGAGAGCGACAACAAGAAGCCCGCUUCCACCAAGAGCAACAAGGAGUCCGAGGCCGACGAGGACGACGUCGCAGAGAAGACGAAGAAGAAGAAGUCCGAAAAGUCGUCCGGCGCUAACGGCUCGGGUGGGGGCCCCAACGGCCAAUACACCGAGAUCCGCAUCAACGCCAACACCAUCCUGGCCACCAUCGUUUCCACUUACCUGCUUUACCGCCUCACAUCGCCCGACCAGCCCAGCCGCGAGAUCACCUGGCAGGAGUUCCGCACCGCCUUCCUCGACAAGGGUCUCGUUGACCGUCUCGUCGUUGUCAACCGAACCAAGGUCAAAGUCUACCUGCACUCGAAUGCCACCGGCUCCAUGUACCCCUCGCAGACCGGAGGCUCUAGCACACCCGCCGGCGGCAGCGGUCACGCCGCCUACUGGUUCAGCGUCGGCUCCGUGGAAGCCUUUGAGCGACGUCUCGACGAGGCGCAGCGCGAGCUCGAGAUCCCUGCCAACGAGCGCAUCCCCGUCGCCUACCACGAGGAGAUCUCCACCGCUCAAACCCUUCUCCACUUUGCGCCCACCUUGCUCAUUGCUGGUCUCCUCUUCUGGAUGUCGCGCCGCGCAGCCGGUGGUGCCAUGGGCGGCGGCGGCGGUGGUGGCCCCGGUGGCAUCUUCGGCAUCGGCAAGUCCCGCGCUAAGAUGUUCAACCAGGAGACCGACGUCAAGACCAAGUUCAAGAACGUAGCCGGCAUGGACGAGGCCAAAGAGGAAAUUAUGGAGUUCGUCAACUUCCUCAAGAAGCCCGAGAAAUACGAGAAGCUGGGCGCCAAGAUCCCUCGCGGUGCCAUCCUCUCGGGUCCUCCAGGAACGGGUAAGACGCUGCUAGCCAAGGCGACGGCGGGUGAGGCGCAGGUUCCCUUCCUCUCGGUGUCCGGUUCCGAGUUCGUCGAGAUGUUUGUCGGUGUCGGACCGAGUCGUGUGCGAGACAUGUUUGCCAAUGCCAAGAAGCACGCGCCUUGCAUCAUCUUCAUCGACGAGAUCGACGCCAUUGGCAAGAGUCGUGGCAAGGGCGGCAACUUUGGUGGUAACGACGAGCGCGAGUCGACGCUCAACGAGCUGCUCGUGCAGAUGGACGGAUUCGGGACGGAGGAGCACGUCGUUGUUCUCGCGGGUACCAACCGACCGGAUGUGCUCGAUGCGGCGCUGAUGCGACCUGGACGAUUCGAUCGACACAUCGCCAUUGAUCGACCCGAUAUCUCGGGUCGUAAGGAUAUCUUCCUCGUCCACCUCAAGCCUCUUACCCUGCACACCGAGACCGAUCGCGACUUGCUCGCGGAGAAGCUCUCCACGCUCACUCCCGGCUUCAGCGGCGCGGACGUGGCCAAUGUGUGCAACGAAGCCGCCCUCAUCGCCGCCCGUGGCGGCGCCGACUCGAUCGAGGAGCACCACUUUGAGAUGGCCAUCGAGCGAGUCAUUGCUGGUCUCGAGAAGAAGUCUCGUGUUCUCUCCCCCGAGGAAAAGAAGACGGUAGCGUACCACGAGGCGGGCCACGCCGUAUGCGGAUGGUUCCUCGAGCACGCCGAUCCGUUGCUCAAGGUCUCGAUCAUCCCUCGUGGCGUAGGAGCGCUUGGAUACGCGCAAUACCUGCCCAAGGAACGCUACCUCUUCUCGACCGAGCAGCUGAUCGACCGCAUGUGCAUGACGCUCGGCGGUCGUGUUUCCGAAGAGAUCUUCUUCACCACCAUCACCACGGGCGCGCAGGACGAUUUGAGCAAGAUCACGCGCAUGGCGUUCGAGAUUUGCGCUUCGUACGGUAUGAACAAGGAGCUGGGGCCCAUCUCGUACCGCACCGAGCAGGAGUCGAUGCACAAGCCGUACUCGGAACGAACCGGCGAGAUGCUCGAUUUCGAGGUGCGCAAGAUGGUCAGUGAGGCGCACAAGCGCACGACGCAGCUGCUGACGGACCACAAGGCGGAUGUGGAGAAGGUGGCGCAGCUGCUGUUGGAGAAGGAGGUGAUUACGAGGGAGGAUAUGAGGGAUCUGUUGGGCAAGCGUCCGUUCAAGGGGGCCGACGAGGCGGAUGAGUAUCUCGACAAGAAGGGCAAGUUGAAGCGCAAGGGCGAGGUGAGUGCGCCGCCACCGCCGCCGGAGGAGAUGGGCAGCCCUGGGUUGGCAGCGAGUAAGGUCGAGAGCAAGUUGUAA